AUGGAUGGCACCGUGUCAAACCAAACGUCCACAGUGCGCGUGUCGCAGCGUCAGCCGCAAGCCUGCCGAGAAUGCACGAAGCGCAAACGCAAAUGCGACAAACAAAAUCCCUGUUCGAGAUGUAAACGGUUGAACCUGAAGUGCUCAAUAGAAGUCGUCCAGCUUAGACGCAACGCUGUGCAACAUGGGUCAGAAAUUCAGUUUUUACGUUCGCUUUUGGUAGACGUUGAAUCGUCUCCGCCUGAUCCAGUACGCCAUGUUGUUCAAAAAAUUAAAAAUCGAAUAUUUCGGCUGGAGACCGGCCAAGAUCCUACGGAAUCAGAUGUAUCCAACCGUACUUCCGCACAAGAGGAAUCAAGUACAACUGAGGACCGUGCACCUAGCAAAGUGUCGCUUAGUUCAACUGAAAACACCGCACAUCAAAUUGACUCGUCGCUUCUCACAGCUAUUGAACAUCUUGCUUGGGGUCGUAAUUCCGCCGGGUGCUUCCCUCACAGGACGUGCUCGUGCCAGUAUCGCAAAGAUGGACUCCAAUCCCUAUCAGGCCCUUUCCCAGUCAAUGGACUCAAUCCAGGGCUGGACUCCUCCUUUCCCAGCACUACCGACGCUCAGAAGCUGAUCAAGUUCCAUAUAUGCCAUGUGGCCUGGCAUCAUAAUUGCAUCCAUGGUCCAACAUUUCUCGAGCAAUGCGAGUUAUUCUGGGAGACUGGGAGAUUUGAUGACCCUUUAUGGCAAGCUCUGUACUUUUCUAUCUUGAGUGCCACCGUCAGCUCAAUUCAAAAUAGUACGAAAGUGAGAGAACUUGUUCAUGUCGACCUACAGGCAAUACCAUCUACACAACAGCUGUUCUCUGCUAUGGUACAAACCCUCUACAACUCACAUUUUCUCAGCAAUCUCUCCAUAUACUCUGUUCAAGCAAUCGUCAUAUCGACUGAGGUCGCUCAUAAUCUUGGCUUGAGUGAACUGAACGCGACUUUAUUCAAUGCUGCUGUACGCAUUGCCGAAUGCCUCGGGAUCCACAAGAUUCAGGAUCAAUCAACAAAACCUGCUGAAAACAAAGAUGAAUGGGAUGAGAAGGUGGGACGAGAAGUCGGAAAGAGAGUAUGGUGCCAAAUGAUCAUCCAAGACCAUUUCGCCAUUCCUUUUACCGACACCUACAGCAUCUCUCCGAUGCAUUUCUCGACAGGUCCCCCCAUGAACGCAGACGACUAUGACUUGACAGAUAUGCCUAUCACAUCUCCAACCAUAAGCACGUACAUCCGUGUGCUCGUGAAUCUGGCGGAAUUGAUGCCCGGUCUAGUUGACGGAUUGGGUCCAAUGAAAUCCCGAAAGCCUAUUCGAGAGCAAUACGAACAUAUUCUGCAUAUAGACCAGAAAAUGAGAGGCAUUGUGAAAAACAUACCCCCUUUCCUCCUGCGCGUCGAUAAGACCAAGGAAGCACAAAUUCCAUGGCUUGCUAUCGCUCGACGAAGUCUCGCUAUCACUGCAGCCGAGAAAAUUAUCAUGAUCCAUCGGCCGUUUCUCUUCCGCUCUUUCAACGAUCAAACAUAUAUCUAUUCAAGACGUACCUGUGUUGCCGCUGCAAUGACAAUUUUGCGCGAGCACGAGGUAAUCAUAGGAGAAGGGGAUAUCUCGAUAUGGACUCAUACAGCUUUUGCGAUUACCGCUGCAGUCAUUAUGUGCUUCGAGGUGAAUGCAACUGCAGAGACCCAGGUCGCUAUCGCCCAAACCCACAAGGAUGCAAUAGUCGCGGCUCGCACCCGCCUUGCAGAUCGAACUAAUGACGUGCUGGCUCAGCGAGGUGUCGCGUUGAUCGAUGCUAUCUUUACUGCCGACAUAACCUCAGACUCUGCAGGACUUGGCAAUAAAAUGAUUGAUUUUGGCCAAAUCCUGGCUAAAUUCUCAACAUUUACGAGAAUGAAUCUUGGGCCCGAUACCCUUGACACAUCCGUUAGCAGGUUCUCGAAUGCUGAUCCCCAAGAUAUAAUCGGUGCUCACUUUAACGAAAUGCAGCCGGCAUGGGAUACAGCCGAAUACAUCGAUUUUGAUGCAUGGUUCAAUGAAACAUUCCACACUCUACAUGACCCACUUCAGUUUUAA